CCCACAUACCCCCCAGUGCCCCCACCAACCUCCCCCGCCACCCACGGUUUGUUCAGCGCGCAAAAACGUAAAUUUUACUGCAAAUAAAUUGCUUUGCUCUUAUCUCGAGGCGCGCGCGCUCGCAUGAUGAGUAUGAGUGUGUGUGUGUCUGCGAGGGAAUGUUGUUAAUUAAUUUACAAAAGUCGGUCCUGCAGCAGCCCUCAGUGCAAGAUCCCCCCAUAUCUAUCUGUAUGUGUUGUUGACAAAAAGCGUUGGGAAACGAAGGGCGCCCCAAUCGAAAGUGUGACCUUACGGCAAUAACAACAUAGCAACCGUUGCAGUUCGAUUGCAUGCGGGGCAGCCACCCAACCGCCCGACCUCUCCCCCCAGCUUCUGGCUUAGAAAACGAAAGUAAAGUUAUUUUUCAUGUACAAAGUAAACACUCUCUGUCGGUAUCGGUACGCCAAGAGAGAGAGGAAAACGGAAAGAGCGUGGAAACAAGAGAGCGUCAGGCCAGAGAGGGAGGGACUUGAACACUUGGCCUUGAACUUGUGCGGACGUUAUACAAUUGUGCAACUGGCAAGGACAUAAGCACGGGGAAAACUUCAGGUGGCAACGACAGAGGAAACACGUCAAUUGCCAUAAUGUGCGUACAAUAAAACGGAGUGGAAACGGAGAACGGAGAGCUGCAGAUACAGAUACAGAUACAGAUUUAGAUACAUGUGUACAUACAUCUAUAUCUGGCAUAGCCUGAAAUCUGUUAUGUCUAAUCUGCAAUCGAAUGUGGAGGAAAACUGCAGGAACAGUUGACUUCCCUGCACAUUCUGCACAUCCUCAAGGAACCAAGUGAAAAUAUAUUUUGUACCUGUUGUUGGUCGUCGUCUGCCGCCAAAGGCAAGAGGCAGAUACUUCUUCCGCUAAGCUACCUGAAAACAAUUUAUAUGGAAACAUAAUUAUAUAAAAAUAUAUAUACAAUAUACAUGAAGAAUUUGCCGUUUUGACAAGCCGUCCACUUAUACAACAAUAACAAGGAACAAGAGGGAACCCCCCAUAUACAUGUACAGGAUAAUAUAUGUAUAUGUACAUCUGUGUGUGUGUGUGUGUGUGGAUACAAAUACAUAUUAAAUAUGCCCCAAGUCUGCCACAAUAGCAACAGCUACGCGAAGAAGAGGAACCUGGCGAAUAAUUAACGAGAGUUUACCUGACACCAGACUAGACAGAAGGAAAGGAGAGAGAGAGAGAGGAAAAGAAGAAGGAACCCAAGAACCCAGGAACCAUCCAAGCUUACAGCUAAAAGAACAUACUGGGAGACACCAGCCACCAUCCAGCCAUCAUCAUUAUUAUAAUAAUCGGAGUAGCGACGAGAGGAUAGCAAAACUGUUGCCAUGGGUCGCAAAAAAAUCCAGAUAUCACGCAUCACCGAUGAACGCAAUCGGCAGGUGACCUUCAACAAGCGGAAGUUCGGCGUUAUGAAGAAGGCCUACGAGCUAUCGGUGCUCUGCGACUGCGAGAUAGCGUUGAUCAUCUUCUCGUCCAGCAACAAGCUCUACCAGUAUGCCAGCACGGACAUGGACAGGGUGCUGCUCAAGUACACGGAAUACAACGAGCCGCACGAGUCGCUGACCAACAAGAACAUCAUUGAGAAGGAGAACAAGAACGGCGUCAUGUCCCCGGACUCGCCCGAAGCCGAAACAGACUACACGCUAACACCACGAACGGAGGCCAAGUACAACAAGAUCGACGAGGAGUUCCAGAAUAUGAUGCAGCGCAACCAGAUGGCCAUCGGAGUGACCGGGGCGCCACGGCAGUUGCCGAACAGUAGCUACACGCUGCCCGUGUCGGUGCCAGUGCCAGGGUCCUAUGGUGAGAACCUGCUGCAGGCCAGCCCACAAAUGUCCCACACCAACAUCAGCCCCCGUCCAUCCAGCUCGGAGACGGAUUCAGGUGGGAUGUCCUUGAUAAUUUAUCCAUCGGGUUCCAUGCUGGAGAUGUCGAACGGCUAUCCGCAUUCCCAUUCGCCGCUUGUGGGAUCGCCCAGUCCAGGUCCCAGUCCUGGCAUAGCCCAUCACUUGCCCAUCAAACAACAGUCGCCGGGCAGCCAGAAUGGACGGGCUGCCAACCUACGGGUCGUCAUACCGCCCACCAUAGCACCCAUACCGCCCAACAUGUCUGCGCCCGAGGAUGUGGCCUACACAGAUAUCCCUCCGUGCUCUCCCUUCCAGCAACGACAGAGCCAAACAUCGCUGAACACGCCCGUGGUGACGCUGCAGACUCCGAUACCCGCCCUAACGAGCUACUCCUUUGGGGCGCAGGACUUCUCCUCCUCCGGCGUCAUCGGCAGUGCGGAUAUCAUGAGCCUGCCCACAUGGCACCAGGGUCUGGUGCAGCACUCUAGUCUCUCGCAUCUGGCUGUCUCGAAUAGCACACCGCCGCCCGCCACCUCACCCGUCUCCAUUAAGGUCAAGGCCGAACCGCAGUCGCCGCCGCGUGAUCUAUCCGCCAGCGGCCAUCAGCAGAACAGCAAUGGGUCGACUGGCAGCGGCGGCUCCAGCAGCAGCACGAGCAGCAAUGCCUCGGGCGGCGGCGGGGGAGCAGGCUCCUCGGCCGCCAAUGCCGGCAAUGUCAUCACACACUUGCACAACGCCAGCAUCCUGGGAGGCGGUGGUCCCCCAGGCGGUGGCGGUAGCAAUGGCAACGCGGAGCAGGCCACCAAUCUGAGCGUCCUGGGCCACUCGCAGCAGCACCUGGUGAUGCCCAACUCGAGGCCCUCGUCGACGGGUCACCUAACACCCACACCAGGGCAUGAUAAGUAUGAAGGAUAUCCGUACCGCGCGCUAAUGGGUCACAAUCCUAGAUGGAAUUUUGCCGACUUUAUCAUCUUAAACGCAGGUGCGCCCAGCAGCGAUCAGGAUGUGCGCCUCGCCGCCGUGGCAGUGCAGCAACAGCAGCAGCAGCAGCAACAGCAACAACAGCAGCAGCACCAGCAACACCAACAGCAGCAGCAGCAGCAGCUGGGGGACUACGAUGCACCCAACCACAAACGUCCGAGAAUAUCGGGCGGAUGGGGUACAUAGCCGGCACGUGCAGGCGGUAGCAGCAGCCACUACAAGCAGCAACACAACAGCAAUGGAAACGGCGGCGGCGGAAGCCACAAGAAGCAAGGGAUCCACACCAACAUCAGCGACAUCGACGAUCUGGCCAUGAUGCCGCCGCCGCCGCGUAAAGAUGUGGCCGCCAUACGGAGUUCGUUCAUCAUGUCUGGUUCUGGUUCAGGCUCUGGCUAUGAUUGCUAUGGCCAACAGCAGCUGGCGGUGGCCUAUGGAACGCAGCAAGACCAAUAGCAGGAGCAGGAGCAGCAGCAGAAGAACCAGUAGGAGCAACAAUUUCCAGACCAGUGCAAUAGUUCAGAGAAAAGUCAGCUGGAAAUUGUGGCAGGAUGGAAGGAAAGGGAAGGUAGGAGGGAAGGAGAUAGGAGCUUUGUUUUGUUUUCGGUUUAAGCGAACAGUGACAGUGUCAUAUCUAUAGUUAUUGUAAGUUAAAUACACACCCACAAACACACACACCCUACGGUAAUAGUUAUAAUUUUAAAUUAUAAAUGUAAAAUUAGGCCCCAAUCCCAAUCCUAAUCCAAUGAUGGGGGAUAGAUGGGGAUGCAUAAUGAUGAUGGUUGGAGCCCAGAAAGAAGUUGUUUGGAGCUGAUUUAGUUUAGUUACAAUUAAAGCUAAACUUACAGCUAUGGUUAAAGAUAAUGUUAAAUCUAAUCUUAGGACAAAUGCUGCAUACAAAAAACAAAGUAAAAGCGAAAGCAAAAGCAAAAGAGAUAGGAAAAACGGAGGAAAUGUUUUCUGUAAAUACUUGAUUUAGCCGUAAGUUUUAAACCUAGUUUGUAAACCCACUACAAGAUACGUAAGCAUGCAAGUCGCACUAUCAGAUGAAUGAUUGAGAAUGGAUUGAACAACACACAUACAUAUACACACACACACACACACACACACACACACACUAGACACUGAAAGUAAUGUACUCAAUGUUCAAUCAAUAUUUGUAAUUUCGUGCAAUUUAUCAAUUAUGUAUGUCCUUUGGAUUAUAUAUUAUUUUAUUAUCAGUUAUGUUCGUGGUGUAAGAGAAGGAGGAGUGUUCGUUCGUCUAGCGAUUUGGUUAAUUUUGAAAAACGAUAAUAUGUACACCCACAUACAUCAACACAUAGAUUUAAACAUAAACAAUUGAUGAUUAUGAUUUAGUUUUUGAUUUAAGCAUGAUCUAUUUGCUAGAACUCUUUUUCUCUUCAUCUCUUAAGCAAAACGAAGUCAUAUUUUGUAAUUUACGUUUAAAGUGGAUUUCUAUUCAAGUUUUCGUGCCUAAGUUUUGUAUUUUUUACAUUUACAAGAAGUUUGUAAAACAGCAACAACUACAACAACAACAACUACAACAGCAUCAACAAACAACUCAACAAAAUAUAUA